AUGGUCGACCAGAAGCAACGCGACUUGGAGGAGGCUGUAGCGAUGGAAACGGUAGCGGCACCACGUGUCGGUUGCUGCCGGAGAGUGUUCAAGUUCAUUGGUGCGUACUGGCGGUCGAUGGUGGUCAUCAUUGCACCGAUGAUUGCUUCGCUAGUGUUCCUGCUCGAUACUUCGCCCGCCUAUCGGUGCAUGUUUGUCGUGGUGACGAUGUCCCUAUACUGGGUGACGGAAGCGAUCCCCCUGCCCGUAACGUCCAUGCUUCCGAUCGUGCUGUUCCCUGUGCUGGGUGUGCUGGAAACUGACCGUACCUGCAUGAUGUACAUGAAGGAAACGAUGCUGAUGUUCAUUGGUGGUAUCAUCAUCGCGCUGGCAGUGGAGUUCUGCAAUCUGCACAAGCGUGUCGCAUUGAAGGUGAUCUCCGUGAUCGGAUGUAGCCAGCGGCGGCUCAAUUUCGGCCUCACCGUUGUAACGAUGUUCGUGUCGAUGUGGAUCUCCAACACGGCCGCCGUUGCCAUGAUGUGCCCAAUUAUGCAAGCCGUGCUGGAGGAGCUUGAAUCGCAAGGACUGUGCCAGAUGUACGAACGCAGGAAGAAAACGGGCGAAGAGGAAGGCAUGCUUGGCAAGGAAAAGGUGGACGAUGACACCCCUCGGCCAACGAAAACGACCCUCUGCUACUUCCUCGGUGCAGCUUACGCGUCCACCCUUGGUGGCUGCGGUACGAUCGUGGGUUCCGGUGUGAAUCUAACCUUCAAGGGCAUCUACGAGAGUCGCUUCCCGACGGCACCCGGUAUCGAUUUUCCGAAGUUUAUGUUCUACAAUGUGCCCGGUAUGCUGGUGUACACGUUCCUCACCUGGGUUUACCUGCAGUGGCUGUACAUGGGCAUGUUCAGACCGAACAGUCCCGAAGCAAAGGCAGCUGACAUUGGUGCGGAGGGUGAAGCGGUCGCAAAGCGUGUCAUCGAGACGCGUUACAAGGAGCUGGGACCGAUGACGUCGCAUGAGAAGAGUGUUGCGUUCCUGUUCAUCGUUGCGGUGGUACUGUUCUUUACCCGCGAGCCCGGAUUCAUCACCGGCUGGGCGGAUGUGCUGAACACGGUUAAGAUCAAGGAUGCAACACCGGCCAUGUUCAUAGUGAUAGUGCUAUUUAUGAUCCCAGCCAACUGGCGCUGUUUGAAAUUCUGCCGCAGUAAUCCAGGACGCCUCCCAACCGAAGCAACUCCAGGACUGAUCACGUGGAAGUUCAUCAACCAGAAGGUACCGUGGAGUCUUAUCUUCCUGCUCGGCGGUGGUUUUGCGCUGGCGGAAGGCGGUCGUGUGUCUGGAAUGUCUACCCUGCUUGGUCAAUCGUUGGCAGGCUUGAAGACACUUCCACCGCUGCUGUUGCUAUUCGUGGUGUGUCUUACGGCACAGACAUUGACUGAGUUCACUUCGAAUGUGGCUAUCUGUAACGUAAUAUUACCCGUGCUAGCCGAAAUGGCGAUUGCGAUCGAGAUUCAUCCGCUGUAUUUAAUGUUCCCAGCAGCGAUGUCGUGUAGCUUUGCGUUCCACAUGCCAGUAGGAACGCCACCGAAUGCGAUCGUCGCCGGUGUUGGUAACAUUGCGAUCAAGGACAUGGCCGUGGCCGGUAUUGGACCUUCGAUAUUCACGCUGCUCGUUAUCUGGGCAAGCUUCCCAACGUGGGGCGCCGUCGUUUACCCGGAGCUAGCGUCUUUCCCCGACUGGGCGCGGCCCGUCUUAGCGAAUGCAACGCUUAAUUAA